CGAGCAACUUUUCAGCCCCCCCCCCCCCGGGACACACUAAGCGCACACCCGACAGCAGAGAGAGACCAGGGUCAGUCGCCGUGGCUAAGGCGGGGCUUCUUCAAAAUGAGGGCGUUGGGCGCUCUCCAACCUCCUCCCCCUUCUCAGCGCGCUUUCCCCGGAUCUCGAGGGUCUGGGAGAGAUCCAAAGAAAGGCGAAGGGAUGGCUAACGCGCGCACAACCUAGUGGGCCCUCGACGCGCCUCGAUGCGGGCUGCUCAUUUUUGCCCCCCCUUGCCCCGCGCAGAUGGUUUGCCCCGCUCUUCCUGGCACAUAUAUAUACCCCCUCGCCAAAGAAUCACCGCGAGCCGUCGCCGAGCUCCUCUUAGGAAGGCGAAGGGGAGGGGGCGCCUUCUGACUGGCGCCCGUCUCUGGCGUCCAGGGCUUGGGUCAUCCCUGACUGUAUCGGAAGAGCCUCGGAUGGAUCUGAGGGAGCUGCCGCUGGAGUACCGGGCGCCGCCCCGCUCUAAGCGGCGUCCCCGAGGUGAAACUUGCCCUUCGCUUGAUAAUUCCUCCGCUGCGGAAGAGGAAGAAGAAGAGGAGGAGGAAGAGGAAGAGGACGAAGAAGACGACGAGGACGACGAAGACGAGGAGGCGGUGGCGAGCAAAAAGAAACGCGCCAAGGGAGCCUCCAGGACCGGGGAAAGCGGCGGAGUUAAAAAGCAGCCGGCGGCGGGUCGGAGCGCCGCGGGCUCAACGCCGGAGUGCAAGCAGUCGCAGCGCAACGCGGCCAACGCACGCGAGCGAGCCCGCAUGCGCGUGCUGAGCAAAGCCUUCUCGCGCCUCAAAACCAGCCUGCCCUGGGUGCCUCCGGACACCAAGCUCUCCAAGCUGGAUACGUUGCGCCUGGCCUCCAGCUACAUCGCCCACCUGCGGCAGUUGCUGCAAGAAGACUGCUACGAGAAGGGCUACGUGCAUCCUGUCAACCUGACUUGGCCAUUUGUGGUUUCAGGAAGACCAGAAUCUACACCAAAGACGUACCAACAGCCAGCAGAUUAUGUGGAACUACAGCUUAGUUAAAGUAAAGAGUGCUCUUGCUGGAUGCGUUUACUAAUUCCAUUGUCUUCUCUGGACCAAAGAAAACUGAAACAGUGAAAAACAAUUAUACUGUGUUUAAAUCCUCUCUUCAGUUGGAAAGAAAACUGCACUUAAAAUGUAAUGUGAAGUAGGAAGAUCUGUCCAAGUUUCAGAUAAAAUGGUAGCUUUGAAAAGGCAUUUUUGCAUCAUUUUCUAAAAAACUGUUCUAAAAAAUUUUGACUAACAGAAAACAUGCAGGCGGAUAACUAUUAAAAUUAAUAGCAUGAACCAAAUUAUAGGUUGCAUGAAGUAACCCCAAACAGUGUUAUUUGUAUACCAAAGGAAAAUAGUAUUCUAGACUAGUCCUUAACAUAAAUUUAUAAUAUAUUUGAUCUUAUGUUCUCGGCAGCUAUGCAAUAGUAAGACUACUUCUGUCACCUUAGACAAUUUCUUUUUAAAAAUCAAAGACAAAAAGAUUGUAUCUGGUUGCUCCUUCACAGUCUAUUUCACAAAAGCAUUAAAUCAGAUUACUUGUCUUUAAGACAAGCAUACAUAUAGCCAGGUAAUUUGUAGGUCUUGGAUCAAAGUCAUAGGCAUAUUCUUGUUGAAUUGAGACAACUAAUUCUACUCUGUACUGUAGUAGCAAGUUUGACAUGUGAACUUGCCUUAUUCUGAAAUAAGUUUCUUUAAGUCUAGGAUGGUUUUAUGUAAAUUGGCCUUUUAUAUCACAAGUGUUUCCUGUCAAGCUUUUCUGGUCGUAUGGAAUGUUAACUUUAUACUGUUCUAUAUGCAAACAAUAUUACAAAUGUAAAUAAUUAUAUUUUUAUACAUUAUAUUAAAACCUUUAUUGCAAUAAUAUUUUGAGUGGUUGGUGAUAGCUGAAUAAAAAUUAUUGAAAAAUCA